UUUUUCCGUUCGCCGUUUCGUACAGAUUCGAUUAUUUAACUAGCUAGAAAACCCGGCUUGUGACGGGGAGUGGGUAGGGGGAGGAGUUUCCCCUUCUCUAGCGUUUAAAAAAAACACCACCUCACUGGUUGUUUACAAGUAUGACUGCUGUUGAUUCACCUUAAUCAUUCGACCUCAACAUUCCGUAUCAGCGACAGUGACACAAUGUGAAUAGUUUUCAAGUAGACUAAUAGGAGAAAUAUGAAUUAGGACCGGUCGUGGGACUUAUAUAACUGCGCAAUCUUGUAACUCAUUUCCUGAACUUACUGGGAUUACUACACAUGUAUUUUACAUUCAAGAUUAUUUAGUAACCUCCGAUGCUGGGGAAUACCAGUUUUAUACCGAACAUUGUUUGAACAUUUUGGAACAUUUUAAUUUUGACAUAGUGUUGUAAAAGUUGAGCUGUUUGAUAUUUAUAAUUUAUUGUACACUACUGUGGUGUGUGUUCGCAACUGAAGAUGUUGGUCAUAGAGGGAAUGCAGCAUAAGCUAUCAAAUCCAUGGAAAAGCAGCUACGAUACUGAGUACUCAUCAAUGGAUGAUGCCGAUAUCGACUCUACAAACACGUCUAUUUCUAACGGAAUCGGCAGCAUGAAAUCGGAAAGUAUCGUGAGUGGACUUUUGAGUAAAACAAACGUUUACGAGAGCAGACUGAGCAACGUAGAAGGCAUGAAGAACCUGGAGCACAAGAUCCAGGAGCUGAGGGGGGAGAAGGAGGCGGGGGAGUUGAAGACAUGCCUCUCCAGCUUCCACAACGACCAGGACAGUCCGCUGGACUUCUCCGUCAAGCGCAGGUCAUCUUUCUCAGGGAGCCUCACCGACGACUCUCAGGCCUCUUCCUCCAGUCCAGGUCACAUGACCGACUACAACGCAGGUUCUCCGCCCAACAAUGACUACCCCAGCGACAUUAUCAAAAGGGAAUCGCCCAGCCCUACAGACAUGGACGCUCAGAAAAUGUCGGAGAGCGCAAAGUUUGGUUCCGGUCUGAAUCCGGUGCCGCCACUGCUCAACGGCAUGAACAUGUUCCCGGGGCUCCAGCCCAACGUGAUGGCUCAAGGCUCAGUGAUAAACGCCUUCUCCCAGCUGGCGGCUGCGGCUCUGAUGGAGCCACGCAGCAAGAAAAACAGCCGUCCAUUCAAAGCUUACCCUAAGGAAGCGCUCCAGAUGCCCCUUGGUUUCCUGGGGCUGCCCGGCAUGUCGCCCGCCAUGUUCCAGCAGAGCGUCGAGUCGGGAUUAUUCACGGGUAUGAACUCUGAGGAGCUUUUAAACAUGUACAACCAACAGCUGCAAAUGUUCAGAGACAAACAGUCCGCUACUUCCAGCCACAGCGGCAAGUCCUCACCUACAUCUCAAGCCCACUCUCCAAACCCAGUUCACAAUCAGCCACCUCAGAAUCACCAGCACCAUCAACAACAGCAAGCUCCCAAUCAUCAACACCUUCACAGCCAGCCCAGCCACCGCCACCCCAGCCCAUCCAGCAUCUCACAACAGUCUCACAGCAGCCUCUCCCCACCCCAGGGGACCCCAGAUCACCUGAAACCCAGCAACACCUCCAGCUCACCUUUUCCAAUUCCAGUGUCGUCAGCCUCCCUUAACGCAACCAUGGUCUCCAGCACGUCCUCCUACUCGCACACAAGUUCCAGAAAACGCCCACGAUCUCUGCCAGACGAGCAGAAAGACGCCGCCUACUGGGAGAGACGCCGGAAGAACAACGACGCCGCCAAGCGAUCCCGUGAUGCCCGGCGCGCCAAGGAAGAUGAGAUCGCCAUCAGAGCCGCCAUGUUGGAGCAGGAAAACCUCAAACUCAGGGUGGAAGUUGCUGCUCUCAAAACAGAGACAGCCCGCCUGAGGUGCCUGUUGUACAACAGUUAAAGCAGAUCUGGCCACCCCAGCACAAACUUUCACAUCCCAUCUAAUGGGUCAGGACCAAGCAUGGGUAAGACUAAGAGGGACACCAAUGGUAAGUGAACACAUAUCUAGCUGUUGAGAAGUGCCUGUCUGAUCUCCAGAUCUCUUAGAGUAUGUUCAUUGAUGCUCUCACAUUUAACUGUUACUGCCUGCUCCAAACAAUUUUUACAAGGCCACGUUUAAAGCCAGACACAAGUCAUUUACUUUAUAUAUUGUCCUUAAGAAACAAAAAAAAAUAUUUGUAUUUAGUGGAAUAAUGAAAAAAAAUUCCAGUUUUUAUAUAUGUAUUCCAUUGAAUACACUGGGGGUCAAGAAUUUUUGGCCAUAAUUUUUUCAAAAAUUACAAGCCAAUUUGUUGUACAUGCUUCAGGAAACCUUCUCUGAUAUACCUCGAAAUAUUAUUUUAACAAUAUGUUAAAAAAAACUACGUUGUUGAUAUUUCAUUAUUUAUAAAUUAUCUGGUUUUUAUAUAUAAAAUUAUAUGUAUGUUUCCAAUGAUACUAUAUAUUUAUAUAUAUAUAACACAGCCACUGAGGAUGUGUGCAGUAGGCCUACAUGUCUUGUCUACUUUCACUGUUAAUGUCCAUGUAUAAUUUUUGCUUACCUCAGGGUUUCUAAGUACAUUUAUUUAAAUGUGUAUAAACAUUUUUCUACAAUAAAACUGCUGCCUGUUGCAAUUUUUUUUACACAACUCCAGGGAGCAACUUUUUGCCAUCACAAAACUCUGAAAAAUGUUUACAUCUAAUGGGAUUUGUACAUGCUAAAUUAUUAUUCUAAAAAGAAUAUUUUCAAAGUUAUUUUAAUUGAUGAAACACAUUGUAUAAGAUAUAUAAAUGUAUGAAUUAAGUGCUGAAAAUUAUAAAUUCAAGUUCUGUUUUUAUUUUUUUUAAUUACUUUACUUUUUAAAAUCAAAUUUAAAAGUUAAAACCAUGUAAAAAAAAAAGAUAAGUUACCAAAAGAUAUUUCAUGAUUAUUUCUUUUUUGUUACCUUAAAAUAACUAUUUUUUCUCUUCUUUUAUUAAUCACUUAGGAUCUAAUAAUUUUGUCUUCCUUUAAUUUUAAUGAAAAAUUUCUUUUUUUAUUAACAAAUGCAUCAUAUAAAGUUUAUCAUGACUACAUUUUUAAAAAAUGUUUUAAAAUGUUCAUUUUCAUUUCUGUAUUUAGUUAGACCUCUCACCUAGCAAAACAUUACUGCCAGUAUAUGAGAUUGUUUUAUAAACAAAGUCAUAGAUUUUAUGGGUUUAUCAGAUUCUAUUUUGUUCAAAAUGUUCUGGAAAUCCACCACAAUCCAUCCAUUCACAAGCUUUAUUACUCACAAUGAUUCCAUAAAUAGAUCAACACAGUUUAAAGCUGAAUUGAGAGAUAUUAAAAACUCCAUAUGCAUUUAAAAAAACUUCAAUUAAAAGCCUACAUUUACAAACAAAAAAUCUUAUAUUUGCUGUGCAAAAAGCUAUAAUAUAAAUGAUUGCCCUAAUAUUUUUAAUACUUUAUUUUGAAUGUGCUUUGUAAAAACCAAUUGUAUUAAUGAUGUAAAUUGUAAUACUUAUUGUCAGGUGUGUUUGUCAUUGGUUGGUAGUCUUGUGCUGCUUGUUGUGUAGAGGACAAAGUGUUAUUGAACACAUUUUAUGCACUUACUCAGGUAACUUGUAUUACCAUCUUCACCUUUUACUGAAAAAGGGGGGAUGUCACAUUAUGUUAUCAACAUCAAUCAUUUUCUAUAUUUAUCUUUUUUUUUGUUUCAUUUUUUUCUGGAUAUUUUUUUUUCAUUUUGAAAGUUUGCAAAUUGUAUGUUUUUUUUAUCAACAACUAUAAAUAGACAUCACUUCAAAUCACA